ACGUACAAGAUGAAGACCCUUUUGGUUAGCGCUGUGUUGCUGCUAAGCAUGGCCCAGCUAGGCUACUCCACUCUCUGCUACACCUGCACUAUGGCUCUCAGUGACUCCCCCUGUAUGCAGGUGGCCAACUGCACCGGAGCAACGCCAUUAUGUGGAACAAACAAAAUUAAUGGCGUCGUUAUGACGUAUAUCAGCAAGUUCUGCUCCGCCGCCUGCAUUACAGCCUCCGGAAAUUUCACCGUAGUGUCAGUCACAGAAAGCUGCUGCAAGUCAGACCUGUGCAACAACGAGAAGAUCGGAGAUGUCAACAGCAUAAUCCUUGGGAGCGGCAGCAGCGGUCUGACAGGCGGCGCCUUCCUGCUGGUCGCCAUCAGCGGUCUCCUGAGCGCCAUUUUUGCCAUGUAAAUGUAACAAUGGGGAUGAAUAGAUCCGGGGACAAUGUUUCCUAACAGAACAUAUGAGAAUUCAUCUGUACACUGCAGGAGGAGGCGAGGCAUGGGGCACAGUCUACCUCCUACCAUCCUUCUACUGUAUAGAGGUGGAUUCUCCUUAAUAAUUGCUGUCUCCUGCACAAAAUAUACAUCUUGUAAAAGAA